AUGGUCAACCGAGACCCUCUGGAUAAAGAAUACCCCAACUGGAAUCUCCACGGUGGCCAGAGACAUACCAUGGGACCGCAGGAGUUCACACGCCGGCUUCACCGUCAACUUGCCCGAAACCGAAACCACGGGUUUGAACAACUCCACAUCUGUGGUCGGACGGGUUACCUCAUCAAAGCUACUCUUCUAUUACACGGAUACACUGUGAUAAUGAAGGCUACCAUGGCGGACAAGCAGCAACUCAUUCAAGCAGAGGGUAGACAAUUGUCGUUAUCUCAGGAGCCUGCAGAAAAAGCAGACCCCCGUCUGCCUUGGAACAUUUACGCCACGAGUCUCAUAUUGGUAUCAUGGCGAAUUAAUGGCGCAGAUGAUGAUACUGAGCUGGUCUGGAACACAGCUUCAGCAUAUCAUCAACGAUGA